UCUUUGGGAACACUCUUUUUUAUCAGUAACUGCAAGGGGGCCAGGCUUUUACCCCUCUAUUUUAAUGGCAGAUUCCAUUGUACAUACUAGUCUUUCUUCCUAGCAAAAUUCCUCGUGGGAGGCAGUAAUGUCCCUAUGUUAUAAGGAGGAUUUCACAGCAGCCUAGUACAAAUGUUCAGUACUUCAUGGCAGUGUAACAUGGAUUAUAGUAAGCCAAUGUACAGCAAUAAAACAAAACACCCCAUGCUUUGCCUCAGCAUGUAACCCAAAGUGCUUCAUGGGGUGAAUACCAGUUACAGUGUUAAAAUAUAAAAUAGUUGCGGGGAUGGGGGAGCGAGAGAGGGGUGCAGGCAAAAGAAAUAAAGGCAAAAUAGAGAGAGGUUGAGUAUGUAAUUGAUUUUGGUUGUUUCCCUGCCUGGGGUAUAGUAGGUGAAGAGGCUAAAACUGUAAUUUUUAAGAUAAUUUCAUUAAAUUAUUAAGGUCAGAGUUAAGGGUGUGCACUGUCAAGUGGUUUUCAGUUCUUUGUGUUAUGCCCUGAGGCUGAUAAAGUUGUUGAAUUGAAAAAUGUCAGAAGAUAUUGAUAUGGCUGAGUAGUGGCCUAAUGCUUGAAGGUGUGAAUGUUGCCUUAACUUAAUUGUGGCGAGGAAACACACACAUCUCUAAGUUAGCAAGGGUUUUUAUGGGGACAAUGUGUAACAUCCGGAGAAAGCAGCUGAUUCUUUUGGACUCAAGCCCUUUCUCUUAAACAGAAUAUUGCUAUAAAGUCAUGGAAACUAGUUAUAUUCAGACCAUCAUUUUAGGGAUGUAAAUAGCAUUGGUGUUGGCAAAUGUUUAGAUUUCAUCCUCACUGCUGCUCAGUAUUUGGAGCUUUGUAUUGUAGCGAUGAGAUUAUAUUUUAGUGAGUUAUGGGCAAUAGCCCACUAUCAAUCCAUGCAUGGAGCUCUCAUUGAAAUCCAUGGGAGUUUUGCUUGAAGAUUGAUGAGAGGAUGUGGUAUUUAACAAUCACACCUUUAUUUCAGAAACAGAUGAGGAUUUGGCUUGAGUUUGUUUGCCUCUGUGUCUAAAGCAGGCUUAAGAUAAGAGAGCUGCACUCCUUCAAUAUGGAAUAUAGGCACUUUUAGUGUCUCUGUGUCUGAACGGACACAUUCCACAUGCCACACAGACUUAACAUUAGUUGAGGGAGAAGCAAAUUCUUCUUCUCCACUUACUCUGCAACGUAAGUCUGAUCGUACAUUCCAUACAUAGGAAGAAAUCCCAAUGAAUGGCAGUUUUGCUUAUAUGUGUGCAGGCUUUGUUAAUAGGAAGAUGAGCAUAAUGUGUGCAGUUGGAUACUCCCCUGAAGCUUGUUUGAGUGACGGCGUAUAAAAAAGGCCCUUUUUGAAAUGAGUCCAGUGUGGCUGUAGCUGAUACUGCAGGAGCGAGAGGGUUUCUGCCAGAGGCUGAGCCUAGAGGAACUGGAAUAGGCUGUAGCUGCUGAACUUUCCAGUCUACAUAAAAUGCGUGAAAUUGUGCAUCUUCAGAUUGGCCAAUGUGGAAACCAAAUUGGAGCUAAGUUCUGGGAAGUGAUAAGUGAUGAACAUGGAAUUGAUGUCACUGGGAACUACCACGGUAAUUCGCCACUGCAGCUUGAGAGAAUUAAUGUGUACUUCAAUGAAGCUCAUUCCAAGAAGUUCGUGCCCCGUUCUAUCUUGGUGGACUUGGAACCUGGAACCAUGGACAGUGUACGAUCCAGCAAAAUAGGCCCACUCUUUCGACCUGACAAUUUUAUUCAUGGUAAUUCAGGUGCUGGCAACAACUGGGCUAAAGGCCAUUACACAGAAGGAGCUGAGCUGAUUGACAGUGUAAUGGAUGUGGUCAGGAAUGAGUGUGAGAGCUGUGAUUGUCUGCAGGGGUUUCAGCUCAUCCAUUCACUUGGAGGAGGCACAGGAUCUGGUAUGGGCACACUCCUUAUCAACAAAAUCAGAGAAGAAUACCCUGAUAGGAUUAUGAAUACUUUCAGCGUAGUGCCUUCACCCAAAGUAUCAGACACAGUUGUAGAGCCAUAUAAUGCCAUACUGUCCAUCCAUCAGCUGAUAGAGAACACAGAUGAAACCUUUUGUAUUGACAAUGAAGCUCUGUACGACAUAUGCUUUAGAACCCUAAAGCUCACCAGCCCCACCUAUGGUGACCUCAACCAUCUGGUGUCCCUGACCAUGAGUGGUGUCACCACCUCAUUCCGUUUUCCUGGUCAACUCAAUGCAGAUCUGAGGAAGCUGGCUGUUAACAUGGUGCCUUUCCCUCGCCUGCACUUUUUUAUGCCUGGCUUUGCUCCACUGACAGCUCGAGGCAGUCAGCAAUAUAGAGCCCUCUCGGUCCCAGAGCUUACCCAACAAAUGUUUGAUGCACGGAACAUGAUGGCAGCCUGUGACCCUCGUCAUGGACGCUAUUUGACUGUAGCAUGCGUCUUCAGAGGCCAGAUGUCUACCAGAGAAGUGGAUGAACAGUUGCUGGCUAUCCAGACCAAAAAUAGUGCCUACUUUGUGGAGUGGAUCCCUAACAAUGUGAAAGUGGCAGUGUGUGACAUACCACCACGAGGGCUGAAGAUGGCAGCCACCUUUAUAGGCAACAACACAGCCAUCCAAGAGCUCUUCAUUAGAGUUUCUGAACAGUUCUCAGCUAUGUUCAGACGGAAAGCAUUUCUCCACUGGUAUACUGGUGAAGGUAUGGAUGAGAUGGAGUUUUCUGAAGCAGAAGGCAAUACCAAUGACUUGGUGUCUGAGUACCAACAGUAUCAGGAUGCCUCAGUAGAUGUAGAUGAAUAUAAAGAGGUAGAAGUGGAAGUUAGCCAAGAACAAGAAACACUUGAAAAAGAUUUUUAAUAUCAGAACACUAUCCAAGAACACUUAUUGAAUGUACAUCCUCUAUAAAAAAAGUAAUACUCACCUACCUAUCUGAAGGGAGAACUCUUAAAAGUAUCUACUUUUCUCUAUAUUAAACCAAAGCAUAUCCACUGUAUAUAUGACUAUAAAGUAUUGUGACACUGAAAUUAACACCCAUGGUGCCUUUUCCUCGUAAACAAUGUCUGGUACAGCAAACCCCACAAAAAUAACAAACACGAGAGCAAGUUGUACUGUGUCAGCCAUCUUCACAAUUCACUAGCUUUUAGAAUGGUAUAAUCAGAUUCUGAAUGUAACAGGGUGUUGUGUGUGACAAAUGUCAUGAUAAUGAGUGUUGGUGUAAUAUGCUCUAAACUGUCAUAACGUUUAUUUAUUCUCAGGCAAAUGCAGAUUUAGGUUUUACAUUUGGGAAUUUUAGAAGCAUACAUGUGUAUUUAUCCAUCAGGUUAUAACAGUAAGUACCUAUUUUGUUCUGCACACCAAUCAGCAAGCUGAAUCAGUGUUUGUGAAGGAGUGUCGAAAAAAGUUUUAAGGUACCUUCUAAAACAUUUCUUAACAGACUGAAAGAGUAUUAACCAAUAACAUCACUUUCUUUUUGUUUUAUAUUAUGGAAUAUUUUUUUAUUCACAAUGUUUUUAUAUUUCAUCUUCAAUUACAUAUUUAGAGUGGUUUACAUUAGCUCAUAGUUUUGUGAACUUUAUCUAGAAGUUUCUUUUGGUGCCUUCCAUCUCCCUUUAAGAGUGUAUUUAUAACUUUCCCUCUUAUUGUUUCUAAUUGAACUAAAUAGAAUGGUUUUCAACUAGUUUGAGAUGGAACCCCAAUGUCACAAUUCAGUUUACAAUAUUUAGGAAAAUUAAAAACAACAAUGCCUCUCACUCAAAGACAGAUCCUGUUGCUAGCCAUUGUGGUGGUGUUAUCCAUUCAAUGCUAUUUAUAAUAUAGCAACUAUUACUGUGGUGUUUUGAUUUUUCCUGAAUCAUUCCCCCCACUUUAAACGAAUAUGUAGCAGUUUACUCAAAUAAUUUCUAAUAACUUUACAAGCCUUUUUUGAAAAUAUUUUUCCUUGUCUAUCAAAUGUGCUUCAUUAAAAGUUAAACCUCAUAAAAAACAAAUGUUUAUGUUCCAGACAGAUUUGAUCUUUUUUAAGUUAUGCAUUAUUUAAAAUAAAAAGAAAA